AUGGCUCCGAAAUCAUUUGUUUCUAGUCCCCUUGUGAGGGAUUCGAGACUCUUGGUGCCCAAACCGGUCUUUAGCAGGCCUUACGUGCUAUUCUUCUUCCCACUUUAUGCAACAUUUGCGCAUCUGUAUCUCCAACAGUAUGAUCGUUACAUUCAGGGCCCAGAGUGGACAUUUGUUUACCUUGGUGGGAUUAUUUCUUUGAAUGUGUUGGUUAUGUUGAUGCCGGCGUGGAACGUGAGGAUCGCGGCAGGCUUUAAUUACUCCACCGCUGGUGAUUUGGAGGAAGCUACCCACAUUUUAAUCCAUACCACUGCAAACAAUGGUUCAGAUGGGAUUGUCGAGAUACAACGAGUUCAGGAAGUGGGAGAGCUUCAGAUUUUCUUUCAAUUUCAGAAGAAGAGGUUUUUAUGGCACCAGGACGAGGGCGUUUUCUCAUCUCCCAAGUUUUUGAUCGAUGAGUCUCCGAAAAUUGGCGAAUUUCAGGACUUUAAAGGCCAUUCUGGGGAUUUGACUCAUUUGAGAAGACUCUAUGGGGAGAAUUCUUUUGAUAUCCCGAUCCCAACGUUUGUCGAAUUGUUUAAGGAACAUGCCGUUGCUCCUCUGUUUGUUUUCCAGGUGUUUUGCGUGGCUUUAUGGUUGCUUGAUGAGUUUUGGUACUACGCGCUCUUUAAUCUCUUUAUGAUCGUCUCCAUGGAAGGGGCAGCUGUUUUCCAGAGGUUGACCACUUUGAAGGAGUUCAGAACUAUGGGAAUCAAACCAUAUUGUAUCAACGUUUACAGGAAUGGCAAAUGGUCUGAAAUCCAGACCGAUCAGUUGCUGCCAAUGGAUAUUGUUUCGAUUACCAGGACUGCCGAAGACAGCGCUAUUCCUUGCGAUCUGAUUUUGAUUGAUGGGAGCUGCAUCGUUAACGAGGCAAUGCUGUCUGGUGAGUCGACUCCAUUGCUAAAAGAAUCAAUCAGGCUUCGUCCAAAAGAUGACUUUCUGCAGAUUGAAGGCGUAGACAAGAACUCGGUGUUACAUGGUGGUACGAAGGCAUUGCAAGUUACCGCACCUGAAACUGAAUCUCACAUUCCAUUGCCACAGGAUGGAGGGGCUCUCGCGAUAGUCACCAAGACAGGUUUUGAGACAUCCCAAGGUUCUUUGGUUCGUGUCAUGAUCUACUCUGCCGAGCGUGUUUCUGUUGAUAAUAAAGAGGCAUUGUACUUCAUCUUAUUCCUGUUAAUUUUCGCUAUUGUGGCAUCGUGGUACGUCUGGGUCGAAGGUUCCAGAAUGGGUAGAACUCAAUCUAAACUGAUUUUGGACUGUAUUUUGAUUAUUACAUCUGUCGUUCCACCAGAAUUGCCAAUGGAACUAACAAUGGCUGUGAAUUCAUCAUUGGCAGCAUUGGCUAAGUUCUACGUUUACUGUACGGAACCAUUCAGGAUUCCUUUAGCUGGUAGAAUUGAUGUCUGCUGCUUUGAUAAAACCGGUACUUUAACUGGCGAAGACUUGGUCUUCGAAGGCUUAGCUGGUUUGUCUAAUGAUGUCUCUCAAAUUCGUCACAUGUUUACGGCUGAAGAUGCGCCUGCAAGAACCGCCCUGGUUAUUGGUGCUGCGCAUGCGUUGGUAAGAUUGGAUGAUGGCGAAAUAGUCGGUGACCCAAUGGAGAAGGCUACGCUAAGAGCACUUGAUUGGAAAGUUGAACCUAAAGAUACCGUUACAAAAACUGGAGUUGGAAAGAUCGAAAUUUUACGUCGGUUCCAAUUCUCUUCUGCUUUGAAGAGAUCUUCAUCUAUUGCUUCGCACAAGAAUGAAUUCUUUGCCGCCGUCAAGGGUGCACCUGAGACCAUCCGUGAAAGGUUAGUUAAUGUUCCUGAGAAUUAUGACAAAAUUUACAAGUCUUUUACGCGCUCUGGUUCUAGAGUGUUGGCUCUUGCGUCGAAAUCUCUGCCUCGUUUAAGCCAAAAGGAACUAGACGAUAUAACCCGUGAAGCAAUUGAGCAUGAAUUGGAAUUUAACGGAUUCUUGAUUUUUCACUGUCCGUUGAAGGAAGAUGCUAUUGAAACCAUAAAGAUGCUGAACGAGUCAUCCCACCGGUCAAUCAUGAUUACUGGUGAUAAUCCAUUAACUGCCGUUCACGUUGCCAAGGAGGUUGGCAUUGUUGAUAGAGAAACUUUGAUCCUAGAUCGUGCUGGCAAGGAUGGAGAGGAUGCUUUGGUGUUCCGCAAUGUUGAGGAGACUAUAGCCAUUCCGUUUGAUCCUGCCACCGAUAAAUUCGACCGCGUCAAGCUCUUUGAUAAGUAUGACCUUGCAGUAACUGGGCAUUCACUGGGAGCAUUAGAGGACCACCAUCAGCUGAAAGAUUUGAUUCGUCAUACUUGGGUCUACGCACGUGUGUCUCCUUCUCAGAAGGAGUUUAUUUUAAAUACACUCAAAGAUAUGUCCUAUCAGACCUUAAUGUGCGGUGAUGGUACAAAUGAUGUUGGUGCUUUGAAACAGGCUCAUGUUGGUGUCGCGCUGUUGAAUGGUACUGAGGAAGGAUUGAAGAAAAUAGCCGAUACUCGUAGAACUGAGAACAUGAGGGCAAUGUAUUUGAAACAAUGUGGUUUCUUUGAAAAAUGGGGCCAACCUCAGCCACCUGUGCCCGAGCCAAUUGCCCACUUGUUCCCACCUGGACCUAAAAAUCCACACUAUUUGAAAGCUUUGGAAAAAAAUGGAAAGAAAAUCACUCCCGAAAUCAGGAAACUGGUGACAGAAGCCAAUAAUAAGCCAAUUGAAAAGCUGGUAGCAAAUAAAGGCACAACAUCUGGUAAGGAUGGAAAUGAUCUAGCGUCAAUGCUGCUGAACAAUGCUGGACAGUCCCAGGAGGAUGAAGCACCAACUUUGAAGCUGGGUGAUGCUUCCUGCGCUGCCCCAUUCACAUCAAAACUAGCUAAUGUGUCAGCUGUUACCAAUAUUAUUCGUCAGGGUCGUUGUGCUCUGGUAAACACCAUUCAAAUGUACAAAAUUUUGGCAUUAAAUUGUUUGAUCAGCGCGUAUUCUUUAUCCGUUAUCUACCUCGCUGGUGUAAAGUUUGGAGAUGGUCAGGCAACCGUGUCAGGUCUACUUCUUUCUGUUUGCUUCUUAAGCAUUUCCCGUGGUAAGCCGUUGCAGAAACUAUCCAAAUCUAGACCACAGGCUGGCAUCUUUAACGUGUACAUCAUGGGUUCGAUUUUAUCCCAGUUUGCAGUUCACAUCGUGACAUUGAUAUACAUCACCCUUGAGAUUUACAAGCUUGAACCAAGAGAACCUCAAGUUGACUUAGAGAAGAAGUUCGAACCCUCUUUACUGAAUACUGGCAUUUUCAUCAUUCAACUCGUGCAGCAGGUGUCGACCUUUGCUGUUAAUUAUCAGGGGGAGCCGUUCAGAGAGAAUAUCAGGAACAACAAAGGUAUGUACUGGGGCCUUCUUGGUGUUACUGGAUUAGCCUUAGCGGGAGCUACCGAAUUCGUCCCAGAGCUGAAUGAGGCUAUGAAGUUCGUUCCAAUGGAAGAGUCCUUCAAGAUAAAGUUAACCCUGACUUUGUUGAUAGAUUUUUUCGGCAGUUGGGCAGCCGAACAUUUCUUCAAGUACUUCUUCAUGGACGCUAGACCGGCAGAUAUUGCCGUGCGCACCGUUGAGAUUGUCGGUUAG